UUAUCCAAAAAAAUUAAGAGCAAAGGAAAAGCAUUUCUGUUGAAAAUUCAACCAGGCAUCUGUUUAGUCGCUUUGGUAGCGCAGCCAUAGGAUUGAAGGACCUCUUAUGGUUUGACUGCAACACGAGUGAGCGCCUGUGUUAUUUUUUUCUUUCAAUUGAGCAAUGUCCAAAAAACGAAAAAGGCAAGAUGAUUUCCAAAAAGUUAAGCUGAAGGUUGGCAAAAAGAAGCCACAAGCUGACAAUGCAACAAACGUCAACUUCAAAUCUAAAGCCAUCCAUCUACCAGAUCAGCUGAAGCAUGGCGAUGCAGGACCAACCACUCACAGACAGCUCAGCAUUAAGGAUCUGUUGUCCCAGCUACACCAUUACAACAGUAAUGUUAAACAGGGAGCUCUUGUGGGUUUAAGGGAGUUGCUGUCUGGCCACCCUACUUUGGUUGAACAGCAUGCGUCGACGGUCCUUUCCGAGGUUGCUGCGCUUUUCACAGACAAAGACAGCACAGUGCGCGCAGCCGCUGUGCGUCUAUUGCGCUUCGUAGCUCAGUGCAUCCCCGUUGAGCGCGUGGCACCCUUUUUCCCCCUGCUUAGCGCCCACCUCACCUGUGCCAUGACCCACAUUUCAGAAGGCAUUCAGGAGGAUGCUCUCCGCGUCCUGGAUGUACUGCUCGAACACUAUCCUGGACUUUUGUCUCAGAGACAUACAGUUCUGCUUUCCAAUUUCCUAGAUCUCAUCUCUCAGAGGCGAAUGGGCAAGAAGGGUGGAAUAGGACAGGAUAAAUCAGGAAAAGGAAGCUUUUCUUUGACCAUAAGUACAAAUCGCUCUGUGACGGCACAGCAAUGGAGACUCACCGUGCUGCUUAGGUUGAGCCGUUUUAUGCAGGCGGUGGUUGAGGAAAGGCCGCUGGAGGAAAGCAUGACUAGCAGGAAUGGUCUUGGAAUGUGGGCUAGAGAGAAAAGCUCAAUGACGCCUGUAGAAGUGAAAUGGGAGGAGCAUGUCUUUGGGAAGGACAAAAUCCAAGUGUUUGAAAAUUCUGGAGCUACACCCACCCCACACUCCACUUAUCGGCUUAGGCCAGACUCUGAACUAGGGACUGGGAUGAAUGAAGAUCUGUGCUCGGCUGAGACCGUUCAGGGCUUUGCAGAAACCCUUGUGCCUCUCUUGCUGGAGGUCUGGGUGGAGGCGGCAGGUGGACAGCGUGUGCAGACAGACAGUGGCCACCUGCUUUCAGCAGAGUCCAUGGCUCUAAUGUUUCAGAUCCUGACCAUCCUUCAGUUACUGAGAAGACUCACCCCACAAACAGACCAACAGGACAUACUGGAUGCCUGGUUUCGUAACGCAUAUCUAACAGACUUCAAACAGCAUUUCAUGAAGAACUUCCCCUAUGGUCUGCUAGAAGUUGCAAGACAUAAGAAGAAAGCUGAAGGAAAGAGGAUUCAUCAGCAGGCGGCAGGUGCAACUGUUCCUGGGGGCAAUGUGGACCCAUUGGCCCUAAACGUCACAUUGUGCCAGGUUAUGGUGACACUCAGUCUUAGGGGCCGUGAUCACAUCGCUCGUGAAGACGCAGACUGGCUCGGACCAAUCAGAGCCUUCGUUAGGGAGACGUUGUCCAACGGGAGCAAGCUGAGUUCAAAGCAUCUGGCAGCUUUGCUGGAAGUAGUGUGGAGGAUGAUUGUUACCCAGCGCAGUCGUGUGGUGACAGAGGAACUCCUACAGGCUGUGUAUGUGCAGUAUCAACAGAGAAAUCUGGGCUUGAGUGUCCGCACUCUGCUGUUGAGCUUUUUCAGUCAACUUUACAUUCAAGAGCAUCAAAACCACCCUCAUAUUGCCAGGAGCAAGAUUCUAGCAUGCUGGUUGGCAUCACUGCCAGUGCAGUUGGUUCAGUUAGGCAGUAGGAAUCCUCAGCUCUCCGCUCAUCUUCUAGAGACGGUGCAGUCGGCAGCCGCCAGGGGCAACAAAGACCUUCUAAACAGUCUGCAGAAAUGUGCAUGCAGUCUUUACGAUCCUCAUGAUGGAUGUGUGGUGGUGUUGCCUGUGGAGUCUCAGAAAAGACUUGUUCAGCUUCUUUAUUUCCUGCCAGUGUUUCCUGCUGAGGUUCUGUCAUGCCUUAGCCAGGUCUGCAAUGCUGGGAGAGUGUCAGCUAGCUUGGCGACCACGCUUAUCCGCACCAUCCAUCUGAGGUCUCCUCUGAGUGGCUGGUCGGGCGGUUCACAGGAUGUGCCGGUGAAGGAUGUGGAUUACCUCAGUUUUUUCUUUACCACGCUUACAGGGUUCUCCUUUGAGACGUUGCAGGCCCUGCAGCACACAGAUGAAGACUGUCUAUUCCCUUCGUCCAGUCUCUCUCCGCUCAGCGUGUUUGCCACCACCCUGGAGCAGUUUCUGCACCAUUGGGAUGUGGUGGAGGAGAUUUGUCACUGCCUGGAAACUCUUGGCUCUCGUGCACAGUGUUUUGAUGUAUUACAGAAUGCCAUCAUUAAGAAUCUGUGUGAACUGACAGUGGUUCCAGACUGUCUGUGUGCUGCUGUUCUGAGGUGUGUUCCUCGGUUAAUGGAUGUCAACUUCCUGCCCAGCGACACGCUUCUCCAGUUCCUGUCCGACUGUUGUCUAAGCAUGCUCAAUCUCCUGCUCCAACUCGAGCAGAGCGCCCGCAAGAGGGAUGCCGUGUGGGAGGCGUGUUUUGCGGCGUUGAGCGCUGUACCGAGGCUGUUGCGAUUGGUACUGCAGUCUUUUCAAGUGUGCGACCUGUGUGAGGAAGAGCUCCCCCUUUUGGCACAGAUUCUGUCGUUACUUCUUCAGCACACUCAGUUACGCAAUCACAUGAUUGCUAACACGAGUGUGCUCCAACCCAUCAUACGGGACUUGACGCAUUGCUAUAGCAGAGAGACGCGAGAGCAGUGGCUGACUGAUUUGCUGUAUUGCUACAAUGUGACGGUCUCUGGUCACCGUGCCAACAUGGGCAUAAGAGAAAUCUUUUAACCGCUAACGCUACAAUGUUCAUUGCUACAGCCUUUUGUUUAUUCUUUCUUCCUGAAUAAAUACAGUUUUUUACAAAACGGUAAAAAUAAACCUUGUGGUAACUGA